UAUUUAUACAGGACAAACUUCGAAAGUGUAUUAAUUGGUAAGAUUUGGUGAUGUUAAAGUUCCUCGCACCGCACGUAAAGCUUAUUCAUAUUUGCCAACAACAAGUUUGACUUUCAAUUUUAUCUUCGAAUAUUCAUUCUCGUAAGUGGCUUUUCUGGAAAUGUCGCAUCGGAGUUGCUUGAGUAUUUCGCCAUGUCGACUGAGCAAGGGUACUUCUAGUAUCAGAUGUACGAGAACUUCUAAGGAGGCUGUUGUUUGCAAUGCGACAUCGUUUCCGCGAUUGCAGUAUGGCGGGUCGACCUCCUCGUGGCAGACUCCGGUCUCAGCAGCGGUGAUGAGAAGUGCAACCAAUGUUUAUGGGAUGAGCCCGUCACGUGCAACUUCUAGUUCCAUCGUCUACGGGAGCUUCAAACUGUGCCCGCUCGAGCAACUAGAAAAAAAGCUUUAUGGCCUUUCGUCCGCGUUGCGCUUUUUCUCCAGCACGGGGAAUGCACCACGCGGUAGUGACGAAGAAUGUUCUAGAGAAGGCGACCAGGAAGACCAUGAUGGGGUGAACGAUGAGCAGACUGCUCUGUCAUUCAGUGUCGAGGCAGAAGAAGGAACUGAAGAUGACCCUGACGAGGCUGGUUUGGCGCGUCUGUGUGUGCACGCUGGGGACCGUGUGCAGGCGGCUCUGCUGGUUGAGAGGCUGCCGACGCAGUGGGUGGAGCCCCCGUGGAUGCGGCGCUGGCGACGCUUCCGACAGGACUGGUUACAGCGUACUGGCAAUGCGCUCGAUAUCGCUGACGGUGUCGCGUACAUGCAUUUUCCAACCCAGUUUCUGGACAAAGCGGACGAGGAAGCGCUGAUGCGUGAGCAAGACAAAAGCGACGAGGCCGAGGCCGAACAGGUGCGCAGUGAAGCGGACGAGUUGUUUGCGGCACCAACAAAUAUAGAGAGCUUGCUGAAGAAUGGUUCUUCCAGAUCCACAAGUUCCAGACCAGGACUGAUGCUCCCAGACGAGCCGUCAUCUUCAGUUAGUGCACAAGCUUUCGAAUCCGGACAGCAGGCUUCUCGCAGAGGACGCAGACAGAAGUCUUCAAAUAAUCACUCAUCGCAGGGCAGUGAACUGAGCGAAUCUCCAGGGAACAAGAACAGGAGAGGGAAAGAGGUGUUCUCCGCUGAGAACCAGACUGCGCUCAACACUUCCGGACAAAGCGGUCGUGUACCCACAAAAGACGCGAGCAGUAGCAGCCGGCGUUCCAGAAAACGAGCCGGUGGGCCCGUAGAGAUAGAGCUCGACACCUCACUUCAAUCAGUGACCAAGGAUCCAACGGAGACGCUUUAUUUGCUAGUGCAAUACCGCGGUGUGGAAGGGAAGUGGACAGUUCCACGAUCCAGCGUUCUUCCUGAUAUGAGCAUGCGCGAAACGCUGGAAGCCCUGUCAUUAGAGCAGCUGGGGAUGGAGCCGCACCUUGUGGGUCGCUGUCCGGCAGCGUUCGAGCGCUUCAGCAGUAGUCGUAAAGUCUUCUACUACAGAGGCAGAAUUACGGGAGUGAACGCAGGGCGGCUGGAUAUUGCAGAGACCAGUCCAGUGGCAGAUUACGCGUGGGUGCCGCAGAGUAAACUGUCGCAAUUUCUCAGCAAAAGGGCACUGCGCACACUCAGCCCUCUCUUGGUAGACUGGGGCUAGCCAUUACCUCGAACUUGAGUCAAUACAUCGACAUGCCUAGACCUAGUACCCUAGAAGAUGUUAUAUAUAGAUAAUGUUAGAAGACGAGCAGGUCCGCUGAUCUCAACUCCAGAC